UUAUUGUUUUCUGAAACUAAGGCACUGCUUGAGAUUAAGUGAGAAGAACUAUUUUCUCACCUUGUAAAAGCACAGUAUCAUAAUACCUCACACAUCUUUGACAGAGAUGGAUGUGUGGUCUGCUGCUUAUGGCAGCAUGUGUUGAAUGGCAGCUCUUUCUUCCUCUUCCAGUGUUAUUUCCAAUCAUAUCUGUAAAGCAUGUUACAAACACAGGAUGGUGAGAUUGGAGAAAGGAAAGAAAAAAAAUGAAAACAGGCUACUAAACACAAGAGGGCACCCUAAACCUUCUACAAGGCUCAGUACAGUAUGUAUUAUAUUGUGAAACUUGACCAGGGAGGUCCCACCAACAGCAAAGCUCUCUAUUUGAGAAUGCCCUGUUCACACACACAGUUAUACACAAUCACACCUGGAAGUUUUCCACUACAACCACAGUCUGAACCUUUGGGUCACAACCUCCUGCUUCUCAGACCUUUUGGGCACCACUGUCCCAAACAUCUGCAUCUGAUGCAACACUUGGAAAUGGUAAAUCGCGUGUAAAUGAGAUGUAUGGGACUUUGGGAUUGUCCAGUUGAUGUCUGGGUCAUUCAAAACCAGCAGGAAUUGCAGCAGGACUUGUAUCCUAUGAUUUCAUCCCAUACAGCAUGCUCUGUAUGGGGAUAUAUACUGGUACAUGUUCAUUACACACAUAUUAUAAUACAUGCAUAGAGCAGUGUAUGUUCGAAUGGGUAAAGAGGAAAAUAUUGGAAAUGGCACUCCAUUUAACUCUAAGAAUAAAAACUGUAUACUUUUCUCAGGACUUGGCUGAUGGAAUGUGAUGUUUGUUCUUGUUCUUUUUUUUUCUUUCUGAUUGUUUGUCUGAAAACAUAGUAUCAAAAAACCUCAAUUUUCCUUGCAUAGCAUAAUCUUUGCUUUCCAUUAUAAAUAUACCCUCAUGAAAUUCGAAAUUCGUGUCAGGGUCUGCUGUGACGGGGCAAAACUCUUCUCGAGUUUCAGCCCAAGCGUUCCUCCUUUAAACACAGGGGCUUUUACUUUGAAAUGAGUCUUCCCAGACGGUCGCGUGGAGCAGCGCGUUCCCCGGGGAGGGAGGCUGGGCUUACAAAAGCCUGAAGAUCAAUAUUAAGUUUGAAGCGAAGAACAUCACCGUUUGACGCUGUUACCUACAGCUACAUAGGUAACUUUUUUAAAAAAAACAAAAAACGCGCUCAGUUAGCCGCAGAAAGAUUUUCAAACUAAAGUUGUGGACUGAUUCUCCAGCGGCUGCAACUUCAGGACCACCGGCUGUCCAGUGUUUGUGUGGGGAUCCAUCAACCUUCAGUCUGCAGACGGGAUGUCUCAGCGAUAAAUGACUUAUUUAAAGAGGCUGGGGCGGAAUGCACCAUGGCCUGGCGAGUGAGGCCAAAACUCUGCUGUGGUCAAAAAUGGCUGCUCCUCCUCUACCCCCUCUUCAUGCUGAUCCUCGCUUUCUCAGUGAUGACGAUCACUCUGCCCCUCCCUUUGCCACCCGCUGACAUUGACCGGCGUUCAUCCCGUGCCCUGAGCUCCGCUGGGGAGUUCAGACCCAGACCCCAAGUCAUGGAGCCGCCUCUAGCCACUGCCUUUCAGCAGCCACUCACUCACAUCCACAGCGGGGUCUGGAACACCAAUACUGGAAAAGAGACAUUUAAACUUUUGGUGCCACCUAAACUGUUUGGGGACACAGCUGGCAAUGCCAAGAACAGCAUCAAGAGAGAGCAAGAGAAAAGUCACACAGAUUCACACAGACAGAAACACAAAAGCAAAGAGAUGGCAGGCGUCGUCCAGCACCCAACCAGUCAUCAGCAUCCCCAUCUCCCACAGUUUAUAGUCAACAACACAAGGCCAAAACAUAGAAUUAAGCCCAGCAACCACAGUGCUGUGGUAAAGCAUGCUCCACAGGCAUACAUUCAUCUUCAAAGGAACAAAUCUACCACAGCUCACAUCCCUACUGCAGCAGAUACCAUAAUAAGUGACAGACGAGCUGCAGACAGACAGGCAGGCAGAUGGGAGGACAGACACACAAACAGGGAUGCAGACACACAAAUACAUGGCAGCCAUACAAGUGCACAGCUAGCUCAUCACCAGACUUUGGGUAAACACAGACAAGCAAGAAAGCACUUUGGGAAAUCUGAUAAAGUCAGUAAGCAGCAGCUCACUGUGAAAAAGCCCUACAGGGAUCUCAGAAAACACCAUAAUCUCUCAGAGGAUCCCUCUGAAGCAAAGAAGAAUCCUAGGUCAUUGGUCCAAAGAAAGGCUUUGUCCAAACCCAAGGCAGCCAUAAAGAAAGAUGACAGCCGCUGGUGUCAGAGAUUUACAGAGCGGGACUUCCCAGACAGUGACCAUAGGAAGGUCAGGAUUAGUCCAGAUCUCUGGCCUCUUCCCUGGCUCAGUGAGGAUGAUAUCCAGAAGAUGGAGCUCCUCGCCGGGGGCGAGGUGGUCAGCAAGGCCAGGGUGCCUGCUCACGGACAGGUGCUCCAAGUGGGACUGGAACCUCUUACACACCAGCAGCAUCCACCACCGAUGAGAGAUUCAACUCAGCACAGACAUGGGCAAAGACAACCAGAGACACAUAAGGAGCGCUGCCAGCAGGGGAGCUGCUCCCUGAUCAAACGCACCGAUGACUGGUUCGAGGUUUUUGCCUUCCACCUGGACAGAGUGCUGGGACUCAACAGAAGUCUCCCUGCGGUGCUGAGGACUUUCCACAGUGACAUUCUACCAUAUCGAUACAUCAGCGGUACCCCCAGACCUGUACUGUGGUGGGACCCAGAUAUUCAGCACCUAGCUGAUAGAGACAACGACCAGAACUCAGUACCGCUCAGCUGGGUUCAGUACCAGAAGCUGCUGCAUGCCCACUGUGGGAGUGAAGCAGACCUGAGGUCAUUACCCUGUGUGGGAGUCCACCACUCAGAGUGGGGGAGACUGGCUCUUUUUGACUUCUUAUUACAGGUAAACGAUCGUCUGGACAGGUACUGCUGUGGUUUCACACCUGAUCCAACAGAAGUCUGUGUGGAGAACCUGCUGCAUGCCAAGUGUGGCAACACCAAGGACCUGCUGCUGGUUCACAUCCUGGUGAGAAAGGCAGAUCCCUCCAGACUGGUGUUCAUAGACAAUGCUGGCAGACCACAACAGUCCACUGACAACCUGAACUUCAGGCUGAUCGAGGGCAUUGACGAGUUUCCAGAGAAAGCAGUGUCAGUACUCCAGUCAGGCUGUCUAGAGAGUCUUCUUCUGCGCUCCUUGUACACAGACAGAGAAUUCUGGGACAGCCAAGGUGGGGUCAGCGGUCUCAGGCCUCUCAUCCACGUGAUGGAGCAGAGAGGGAAGAUUCUCCUCCAGCAUAUCAGGGACAGAAAGCUCCAGCUCAAGAGGGACCUGUGACUGAGCCGACUCGACCAAACUGGAGGAGAAAUUAAACACAGGAUUCAGGUUGAUAAGCUCAAUAUGACAUUCAGAAAUCACUCUGCAACAAAAAGAGUCCCUGAGUGAACUAAAACCUGAAGAGAUUUGAUGACUCGGCUAAGUCAGAACAUCAGACAAGCUUGUAUGUAGAAAAAAAACUUCUUUUAGGGUGUUACAAAAAAUACAGUAUGAUGCUGUGUCCAGAGGUUGGACUGAAAUCACAAAAGUCAUCUGUUGUCGUGUUCCAAACUAAUGAUAGAGGCACUUUUCCUCUAGUGGAUCUUUGUCAGCUCUUGUUAUUAUGGGCAGCAGGCUGCAGCCAGGCUCGUCUCUGUCACAGAACAAUGACAGUUAGUACAAUGAAAUGGUUGAGACUGGUUAUCACACACAAAGGAGUCUGUCGCUAAACCAAAUAAAUAUGAAUUUUUUGUUUUGUUUUGUUUUGUUUUGUUUUGUUUUGUUUUGUUUUGAUAAGAGAGCAGCUUCAACUUUUCUCUAACAUCCUCUUAACCAGUUUAUAAGUUGCACCCAGUGGCCAGGUCAUUUAAUUUAAUUGGAGGUUGUGAGGUUGUCAAAAAUCUCUCUGGCUAGUGAGUCAUUAAAAGUCAAGUCUUUCAUAAAUAUUAAGUUUCUCACUUUCAAAUAAACCAUCAAGUCUGCAGUCCCAAGUGCUGAUGAAGGUUCACUGUUCUCUCAUUGUUUUCAAGCCAUCAGCAAGAUGAGUCAUUUACAGUUAUUAUUAUACUUUCUCAUAAGAAUCAGUCGUCUGCAGUUAUAAAUGUCAAUAAGUUGUUCAUAAUCAGAUUUAGGUCCAGAUGCUCUGCAGCACAUUUUGAGGUUCAAUUCAAUUUAGUUCAAUUUUAUUUAUAUAGCGCUGAAUCACAACUAAAGUCAUCUCAAGGCACUUUUCAUGUAGAGCAGGUCUAGACCAUUCUCUACUUUACAGAGAGAGACCCAACAGAUCCCACCAUGAGCAGCACUAGGCGACAGUGGAGAGGAAGAACUUCCUUUAAGAGGCAGAAACCUCGAACAGAACUAGACUCAGAGUGGACACCCAUCUGCCUCGACCGGUUGGGUUGAGGAAGGGGGGUGGGGUGGAUAGGUAGAGAAUAGUGAGAGGAGAACAUAGCAUAACACAGGUUCCAUUUAAAAAAAAAAAAUGUAAGGUGAUACCAAUAAGACAGUAAUAGUAAUGUUACUAGUGAUAAUUAAAUUAUUAUCUGCUAAUGUAGACUACUAAACUAAUUGCUCCAGAGGUCAAAUGGUUCUGCUGGAGGAGGAUAAACACCAGCCAUAAUCUAAUGAGGUACAACUGAUCUGUACAGAAUUAGCAAGUCAUUUAUUAACCAGCUUUUAGUUACAGCUCAUGAAGCCUUUGCAAAGGGAAAGGGUACCCUAUCAGAGUGGUACUGACUACUCAGUUACAAAGCACAUCUGUAUUGUGUAACAGAGAAGACAUUACCACAAACGACAUUACAGUCACUGACACAUCUUACCUUCAUGAUCUAUAAAAGUGGAGCUGAGACAGUUAUUAUUCAUGUUGCACUUAGAGAGCAAUUAAAUUCUGCUCUAGAAACACAAUCAAACAAAAACCUCAAGGUGCUUUCAUUUCCAAAGCAUCUCAUUCAUGGUAACCAUUGGAUCGUCUGUGCUAAAUGAAAUGCUCCUGUAGUUCUGUCUGUUGAUGCGGGAUGCUUGUCACUCCAGACAUAUUCAUGUUUUUCAUUCAGCCUUCCAUCUGCACUCAAUAACAUCUCACCAAAUGCCCCCCCACAGAAGGUAAAUGUGAGACAAAUUAUUCACCCACUCCCCUAUGACAGCAAGUGCUGAUUUUCCAAGCAAUUUAGGGGAAAGAAACAUAUUUUUUUUUUCUAUUUUUAUAUUUUACAGAGAGCUAGCAGCAGAUCGGGUGAUUGAUUUGGAUGUCUGUUUUAUGAGAUAAGCUUUUCUGCUUUUAAUCAAGAGAUUAAACAUGGCUGACGGCAAAUAGCUUCUGGACUGCGUCCUAAUUCUAAGUGGCUGUCCUCACACAUCGUUUAAAUGCACAGCAGUAGAAGAAAAAAAAAAGGGGGGGGGGGGGG